AUGUUGAUCUCUACCCUGUUUCAUGUCGAGGCCGCCAUUGCCGAUCCAGUUAGCAUUGCUCCAAGGCUACUCAUUGGCCAUUCGGGUUCUGCUAAAGGUGAAUGCUCGAAAGGCAACAUAGCGAUAUCCCAAGCACAAAUGGCGCCGCAACCCAACGGGAUCCCAACCUACGCGGUGGAGAUAUUGAACACCGGAGAUUGUAGCAUCUCCGACAUCCACGUCACCUGCGGCUGGUUCUCAUCCGCCAAAUUGGUCGUGCCCAACAAGUUCCGACGCCUUGCCUACAACGACUGCCUCGUCAACGGCGGCCGGCCUCUCGCCGCCGGCCGGUUGGUCAGCUUUGACUACGCCAACACUUACUCUUACCCCAUGUCGGUCUCUUCCGUUUCUUGCUCUUGCUCGUAG